AUGGCCUCUCAAGCCGCGAAGCGUGUUUUGGUCGUUGCAGGCAUGUAUUUUCAGCGCAUCGGAAAUGGCUCUGGUACUGGGGCAUCUACUGCACGAUUAUUCGCGAAGAACGGUUAUAGCGUUGCCCUCAUCGCCAGAGGCGGAGACUUCGUAAACAACCUUGCGACCGAGAUCAAUUCGUCUGGGGGCCAGGCAGCACCGUUCACCGUCCCAUCGUACACGCACGAUGGCAUCACCUCAGCCUGGGAUGCGAUCCACCAGCGCUUCCCCAAGCCCGAAUACGCUAUCCGUGCUGCACUCUUCAACGUAGGGUACGGAGUCUGGAAGCCUUUCCUCGACAUAACUCCGCAGGAAGUCCAAGAGUCGCUGAACACCAACGUCGCCGCAGCCUUCUCCUUCUCCCGUGGGGCGAUCCUCGCGUUCAAGGACAAUGACAUCGAGGAACCUAACGGGAAGCGCGGCGCGCUGAUCUUCACGGGCGCCACUGCGAGCACUCGAGGCAACGUACUGACGAGCGCAUUUGCAGCUGCGAAGUUCGGUACCAGGGCUCUUUCUCAGAGUUUGGCGAAGGAGUUCAAUAAGCAGAACAUCCAUGUUGCCCACCUAUCAAGGUUGAUCGUCCAGGUCAAACCAAGACCUCCGGACCAGCAGGAGAGUUUGACGCUUCGGUCAGACUGGAGCCCGAUAGCAUCGCAGCUGUAA